CGAGCAACAUUUUUUUGCUUUUGACACGUAUAUCCGCUUGAAGAGGAUCUUCAUAGAACACAAGUUCGUGAGAAUUAUGGGUGUGGUUUCGGUGCACGGCGACUCGGACUGGAAUGCGCAGAUGCAGCGCGCGGGCGGCAAGCUGGUGGUGGUUGACUUCUCGGCCGUCUGGUGCGGCCCGUGCCAGCACAUCAAGCCCGUGUACCAUCAGCUGAGCGACCAGUAUCAUGACGUGGUGUUUCUCGAAGUGGAUGAGGCGCAGAACCGCUCGCUCAUCGGCGCUCUGGGCGUGCGCGGGUUCCCCACCUUCCACUUCUACGUGAACCAAAGCAAGGUGGACGAACUCGUAGGCGCCGACCCGAACCAGCUUCGCGCCAAGAUCGAGCAGUGGCGUCAGUCGGCUUUCAACCCUUUCGCGUCUCCCGGUGUGACACUUGGUGCCAGCUCCGGCAGCUCAGCCAAGCCCCUGUCAGCUGCCGAGGCUCGUGAGGCCAGACUUAAGCGAUUCAACAACGUGAGCCUGGUGCCCAACGUUCCGACGCCGGCUCCUGCCGCUCCGGCUGCUGCCGCACCGGCGGUACCGGACUCCAACGUGGUGUGCGACCCUGUUACCGGUGUGUGUCGUUCUAAGGACGACGAUGUGGAGAUGAAGGAAGAAAGCGGUGAAAUGGGGCCUCCGCCUGUGAACGAGGAGCUGUUGACGCAGCUGAAGGAAAUGGGCUUUGACGAUCUUCGUUCCCGCAAGGCGCUGCUUGCAACGGAUAACCAGGGACUCGAGAUGGCUAUUAACUGGCUGGGUGAUCACCAGGACGAUGCGGAUAUUGAUGAGCCCAUCAAGUUUGUGGACUUGUCAAAGGCUGCACCGAAGCGUGAGUUGACUCCCGAUGAGAAGGCUGCCAAAGUGGAGGAGUUAAAGGCUCGGAUUGCCAAGAAACGUUCGGAGCGCGAGGAACAGGAGAAGCUGGAUCAACGUACCAAUGAAUUGAAGCGUCGUACCGAGGGACAGGGAAUGCAGGAGGCCCGUGAAGAGAUUGAAGCCAUUCAGCGGAAGAUCGCGGCGGAGAAGAUGAAGAAGGACAAGGAAGACGCCAAGCGAGAGCGUGAGCGUCUGCGUAAGCAGCUUGAGAUGGACAAGCGUGAACGUCAAGCUCGUGGUGGACGAUUGGGUGGUCCUCCUAUCGACGUUGCACCCAUUGACGUGAGCUCGAAGAAGGAGGAGGAAGCGGAGAAGAAGAGUCCCGUCCUGACCCCCAAGGAGCAGAUCGUGAAGAACGUGGGCAUUCUCAAGAAAUACCGCGUUGGUAACGAUGGUCUCACGGCUCUCAAGACGCUCAACGUGUAUGUAAAGAACCUGAUCGAGAAGCCCGAAGAGGAGAAAUUCCGCAUCAUCAACCUAGAGAACGCGGCGUUCCGUAAGCGUGUUGCCAGCCUCGUCGGAGGUGUCGCUUUCCUCAAGAGCCUUGGCUACGAGAAGGAUGAAGCUGAUGGCAAUCUCAAGCUCUCGGUGGAAAACCGCGACAUGGAGUUGUUGCAAUACGCUCGCACUCAGCUUCAGGGCGCUAUUGCGGAGCUCUCCAACUGAGAGAUUAAAUAACAUCACGAUUAGAGCUCACUUGCUCUUUUCUCACCUGUUUUUGGCAUCAAUUUCAUUCAAAUAUUCUUUGAAAAACUCCAUCUUUAAAGCGAGAAAAAGCGACCAAACAAUCCCUUGCGUUGUUCGGUUGGCUUAUCUUCUUCAUCCGGCUUGGGCUUGACAACGAAUUCCCCAGU